UUGACGUUUGUUCGUGGAGCUGCGUGGAACUGUGACGUGUCAGUUCCUAGUGGUAUUUUUAUGAAAUGUGUUAAAAUUUCAUUUAAAUUUUGACCUGGAAAGCAGUAAGAACGUACAUUAUUUAAAAUCCCACGAAUAUUUCAAAUUAACAAAUAGUAAUGCCAGCUUCUCCAAGUUCGACCAAUGUUGGUGCUGGAAGUAGGUCUCCUGCCAAAGGGGGAGCACCAAGGGCUAGUACUGGCGGUACCGUAAGACAAAGAAAAACAACUACAACGACGACAACAGCCAGAAGAAAUACAGGAGCAGGUACAGGUGGUAUGUGGAGGUUUUACACUGAUGACUCCCCUGGAAUCAAAGUUGGACCCGUUCCUGUUCUUGUCAUGUCACUGUUGUUCAUUGCUUCAGUAUUUAUGCUGCAUAUUUGGGGAAAGUACACUAGAUCUUAAGUAUUCAAAUUAGGUUUAAACAUUCCUUAAAUAUAGUUUCAUAUAUUUAA